CUUGUUGGGAAAUCAACCUGGCUCAGAGAGCAUUUGAAAUGAAAGAUAUGUUCAAUUAAUUCCAGCGGAAGGGGAUCUGCAGAGAUUGAGGCCAGACGGGCAUUGCAAAUCCCGCGUAGGGAGUGGUGGGUAUUCGUUUCCCGGAGUGUGGGGGAAUGGCACACCGCAAAAGAGAAUUUGAAAAAUAGAUUAGGUUAUUGCUUUCUUCAGGCACAUGUUGAAGCUGUCAAAUAACUAUAUUCUUUGCCGAUUAGCUUGCGCCGGAGAUAGCCGGACCCCGCUCAAGCAGCUAACUUGGUGGUUUGUCGUUUAGCCAGUUAAUUGAUUUUCUGCUUUUUUUCCGCCGAAUAUUUAUCUCAAUGUUAUCAGCCCACUUCCGCUGCGAGCAAUUUGGUUGGAGGAAAGAUUUAGGAAUCUUUGAUCAGAACAUGUCACGGUAUCAUGCAAUAAAGAGUAAAAAUUACGCUGUACAGCACAUUCGGCUUCCAGAACACAUCCCGCAUGCGAUAACUCCUAGUCGUUUCCGCCCCUCCGGCACCCGCGCGCCUUUCCCAUUACAUGGGCGCUGGCUGACUCACAAACUCGGCGCCGCUCACCGAGCCUAGUCAUUCAUUCGUCUUUCUGCCCCGAAUAUCUUUUUGCUCUUAUAUUUCCUCAGACCUUCUGAUUCCUCAGCGGCAUUCCUUCUAAGACCCAAGUAUUCGCUUUAUAUUCUUCAAGACCCCCAGCAGAGUUUCUGCGAGUUCCAUAUUCAACCAACAUACAAUCGCAUCGCACAUAUCUCCCUACAUUUACCCCUCGCCUGAAGUGAAAAAAAUUUCUGCCCCUCACCCCACUUCAAAUAUCAUACAUAACCUUUCUUUGCGCAACAUAAAUUUUCCCAUUCCAAUGGCACCAGAAACCUCUACCGGCAACGAUGCCGCUGCUGCUGCUUCAUCCUCGCCCGUCGACUUCACAGUCAAGGCUGGCCUGGCUCAGAUGUUGAAGGGUGGUGUGAUUAUGGACGUCGUCAAUGCGGAGCAGGCCCGGAUCGCCGAGGAAGCAGGCGCAUGCGCCGUCAUGGCGCUGGAGCGGGUGCCAGCAGAUAUCCGUGCCCAGGGUGGUGUGGCGCGCAUGUCUGACCCAACGAUGAUUAAAGAGAUCAUGGAGGCUGUUACGAUUCCAGUUAUGGCCAAGGCGCGGAUAGGGCAUUUCGUCGAGUGCCAGAUCCUCGAAGCCAUCGGUGUCGAUUACAUCGAUGAAUCCGAAGUCCUCACCCCAGCCGACCACCUCUACCAUGUAACCAAGCACAACUUCAAAGUUCCCUUCGUCUGCGGCUGCCGGAACCUGGGCGAGGCCCUUCGCCGCAUCUCCGAAGGUGCUGCCAUGAUCCGCACAAAGGGUGAGGCGGGCACAGGCGACGUCGUCGAGGCCGUCUCCCACAUGCGUACCGUGAACAGCCAGAUCGCCAAGGCGAGCUCGAUCCUGCGAGCCUACCCCGACGACGCUGUUGCGGCGGAAGCGGAGCUGCGCGCCUUCGCCCGCGAGUUGGAAUGCUCCUAUGAGCUGCUGCUGGAGACCGCGAAGAAUGGUCGGUUGCCCGUUGUGAACUUUGCGGCCGGAGGAAUUGCGACGCCGGCGGAUGCGGCGUUGAUGAUGCAGCUGGGCUGUGAUGGUGUAUUUGUUGGAUCAGGAAUUUUCAAGUCUGGUGACCCAAAGAAGCGGGCCAAGGCGAUUGUGCAGGCUGUGACACACUAUAAGGAUGCGAAGGUUCUGGGCCAGUUGAGCGAGGGGCUUGGUGAGGCGAUGGUUGGCAUUAGUGUGCGGGACAUGGGAGAGACACAAAAACUGGCGACGAGAGGAUGGUAAAGAAGGCAGAAGCAGAAAAUAAAAGAAGGACUGGCUACGUGACCAGAUGAGUUUGUUAUGAUUGAUACCAAUGAUGAAUGCAUUGGCGAGGUGCGCAUGCUUGAUAUUUCAACCAUAUGCCUUGCGUACGCAGGUGGGCUUAGACGUUGCACUCCCUCCAUAUCCGGUGGCUCCGUGUGUUCUGUAAAUAUAUACUUAAAUCAAUAUUCAAGAAUAAAAAACAUAAAGAAUUCAUCUUUUCCC